AUGUUUGUCUUCUGCCAUGGGAAUGCUGCUUUCUAUCAGGGCGUCUGUCAGGACACGUUCUGCAGUGAUCACGAGUUCUGUGGGCAGAAGAGCAACGGGGGAAGCGGCUGCGUCUGCCGGGCCAUGUUCGCCUCCAAGUACAACUCAACCGGCACCUUUGGAGAGCCAAUGGUCUGCGAGAAGAACGCUGCUAAGCUGACUAUGGCUAAAUGUCUCUUGGAAAACAAAGGCAGUGACUUCUCUGUCUUACAUCUCAAUGACGAGACCUGCAAAGGUGAAAUGGACAAUGAGACCCACAUGGUGACGUUCGGCUUUGACAGGAAGAAAGCCUGUGGAGCAGUGAUCCUGGCAAACAACAGCCAGAUCCUCUACAAGAACACCAUCGUGAACCGGAACAGCUCCAUGUACGGCAUUAUCAACCGUCAGGACUCGGUUCAUCUGGACUUUUCAUGUCUUUACGAUCAGCCGGACAUCAAGACCAUUACCUUCACACUCAAAGACAGCUCCGUCACCCAGCAGAUCACUUCUGGACAAUAGAUUUACAAUCUGACCAUGAAGGCCUACAAGGACCUUAUCACCAAGGAAGCCUUACAACAACGUACUGAAAUGCAACUGGACGAGAAGCUGUGGGUGGAGCUGAGCGCGGAUGGGCUGGAUGACAAAAUGGUUGCAGUGGUGACGGACUCCUGCUGGGCGACCGACCAGCCCAGCCCGAACGGAACCCUGAGAUAUGACCUCAUCAUCAAAGGAUCGGUCAAUGUGAAGAACAACGGACAGGGAACAUCCAACAGUUUCUCCUUCAACACGUUCCAGUUCUCUGGACAGGAUGGUGAGGUCUUCCUGCACUGCAGAGUGACGCUGUGUGUCAAGAAGGGUAGCAACUGCAUCCCGAGAUGUGGCCAGGGUGAGAGAAGACGCAGGUCCAUCAUGUCAAAGUAUGAUGAUGAAAACCCUGCCUUCAUCAAACUGGCCUGGACUUAUUGA